CCGAAGCGCGAGGAGGGUCGCGUUCUGCGUGUGGCGCGCGCUUCAUCAUGGCAGCGGGGAGACCGAGGACCGCUGUGUCGGGUUACAGGCGGGUUGGGAAUGCAGAACCCGAAGAGCUGCGACUCGUGCUGGUGGGGAAAACGGGGUCAGGAAAGAGCGCCAGCGGAAACACCAUCCUGGGGGAGGAUCACUUCGCAUGUGAGCUCAGCAUGAGUUCGGUGACAGAGACCUGUAAGAAGGUGCGUGGUACAGUACUGGGGCACCGGGUGGCUCUGGUGGACACGCCUGGCCUGUUUGACACAGAGAAUUCCCUAGAGAACGUGGAGCAGGAAGUUCAGCGAUGUCUGGUUAUGUUGGCACCAGGACCGCAUGCUGUGCUCCUCGUGAUGCAAAUCGGCCGCUACACUGAGGAGGAAAACCUCUGUGUGGAACGCAUCCAGACCAUCUUCAGCCGCAACAUUGUCCCCUACACCAUACUGCUCCUAACCCACGCAGACAAGCUGAAGGGACAGUCCAUCGAGGACUUCAUUGCUAAACAAAACCGUAAGAUCCAAGACCUGGUCAAACACUUUGGUCGGAGGUUCUUGGCUUUUAACAAUGAAGACCGAGAGAACCGUUACCAGGUUGCUAAACUCUUGGAAAUGAUCAAUCGCAUGGUCAACCAGAAUGAGAACAGCUAUUUUACCAACGAGGUCUUCAAGGAGACUAAUGAAGUGGUGGAGGUAUUCCAGAGGGAGCACCUUGAGCUCAACCAGGAAGAAAUCCGGAGAGCGAAGUUGGAAUCCAAGAUGAAGUGGAAUGAAAACUUGCAACAGUUCAUCAGGAAAAUGCAGGUGGAAAGAUGGAAGGCACUGAGAGAGAAGGCUGAAGUUGAAGACAGGAUGAAGGUGCUGAAGAACAACAUUGCAGAACUAGAUCUGCAGCUCAAGGAGGAGACAAAGAAGCUGAAACAGCUUGAAGUUGAAGAGAAUAACAGGAAAAAGGAGGAAACGCAGUACAGGAGGAAGAUUGAGGCUCAGAUCCGUCAGGAAGAGGAGAAGAUCGACCGCAGAUACUUUGACAGCAGUCGGGAGGAGGCAGAGCAGUCACCUGAGCUCCUCAAGAAGGUGGGGUUGUUUGUUGCGGGGGCAGCCUUGCUGGCUGCAGGGGUGGGAAUUGGAACAGGAGCAACAGUGAUGAUGAGCAGUGCCAGCGCAGCACCAGCUGCAGCUGCAAGCGCUUCAUUCUUUCAGGUGGCAGGACCAGCUGCGGUUGCGGCUGCUCAACAGGCAGCAACUCUCGUAGCAGCUCAGUGCUCCAUACAGUAACCCUCUCACAGGCUAAUUAAAACACACCCAUUUCUCAGUUUGCAAGUCGAAAUUAAUUCCUCGAUAUGCGUUAGGUGAAAUGACAAAAACCAUUAUUUCUUAUGGGGAAGAUUAUAACUUGCAACAAGCUGGACCUAAGUAUACCCAAAAAUACAGUAAGAAAUAUUACUAUCCCACCAGAAAAUAAAAAUUGAAAAAUUUCAUAUGAAAAUUUAAUAUGAAUGUUCCCAACAACUGUCAUUAAACAGUUACAAAUACGGUAAUAAAAUACAGCACUGUACGUACAUACAUUUAUGUAUGCAUGUUUGUAUGUAGUAUAUGUAUGGUGCACAGAAAGGUAGGAAUAUUACUUACAAAUAUACACACGAUUGUUCCUAUUCUAUAAACUAUUUUAAACAUAAUAAACAAUCAGCGAGUGAGCCAAUUAAAGACAGCUGCGAGGCAAGAAGCUGGCCAGAAUAGCGAACAAUUCAGAUGCGUUUCAUUUUUAGCAGUAAGCAAUCAGAACACAGCACAACUUACCGCUUCGAGGGAAGGUAAAAAUUAAUCCGUUCAUUCCCACGAUGCUCAGCACCAGAGGGAUAUAUUACAACGUUAGAGUGCUGGGCGCAAAUUCAAGGUGGGGCACCGGCACGAAGAAGAUCACUAAAAUUGUGAACAGAAAUUUCUGUACCUUUGAAAAUAAUUUGGAUUUAUAGCUAUAAACUGAAUGGGUUCACAAAGGUGAGAAUUUGCAAUGCAAACAUUUGCAAGUCAAGGAAUGUGUGUUUAUCUGUCCCACUUUCAUGCCCCAGACUUCAUUGCACCCACCUUUGCCGUAUAGUUCAUUCUUCAACAUGUAUCUGUUGUCAUUUAAAGCAGGAAGGAAAAGGCUACACUUGUGAAAUUGGUCCGUUUGUCGGAUACAGAGAGCUGUAAAUCCAACGUUCACUUUCCGGUAGCUAAAGAAGCUUUUGAGCAAAUAUAAUAAGAUGCAAUUAGAUAAUUCUAAAUAAUUGGAAUGUCUUAAAGUUACCUGCAUAUUCGUAGUAUACUAAGCAACUUUACAAUCUCAUCUGCUUUUUUGAACUCAAAAAUCAUGCAUAUAGAUUGUUCUUAUUGCAUACUUUAGUUAUGACAGCAAUAUAACAGCAUAUAACAGUCAUAUAUAACAGUGGUAAUUGAGCAACAUUGUUUAGUUACACUAAUACCUGACAAACUGAUGCACGUACCAUGUUUAUCAAUAUUAAUACAGUCAUGUGUAUCCUUCAAUAUAUAUCUUUUUCAAAAUAUCCACAAUAUUUUACUGGAAUUCUUGCAUGUUCUUAUUUGUACCGUUUCCUCUUGAAAGUGUGCCUGUGCUGCUCUC